UUGGGGUCCAGGUGUGCCCCCCCCCCCGGCAGGGCCAUGCAGGAGGAGCUGGGCUGUCCCCAGCCCCUCGGGCACUGAGGCAGGGCACCCGCGGACAGGGAAGCCCAGGGGUGGUUCCAGCUAUGCGGGGCCCACUGCAGCCCCCCGGCACCCGCGCACUGCUGGUCCUGCUGCUCGCGUUCCCGAUGCCGUGGGUGCAAGCAACACAUCCCGACUGCUCCGUGGUCCUCUAUUUCCAAGAGCAAGAAGCUGAAUGUCUGGAGGUUAUCAGGAGUGAGAGGCAAACACCAGCCCCCCCCGGCGAACAAGGCUGCCAGACGGAGUGGGAUGGAGUCAGCUGCUGGCCAGCAGCGCCCCGCGGCCAGGCCCGGGCCCUCUCCUGCCCCGGCAUCCUCCACGUCUUCAAGAGGACCGAAGCGUUGAUCUGGAGGAACUGCACCAGGUCGGGAUGGAGCCUCCCCAGCCCUCCCUACUACAGUGCCUGUGAGCUGGAGCCCAUCGGCAACAACACCGAGGCGAAGGCAAGUGGCUAUUUUGUCACCAUGAAGGUGCUUUACACCUGCGGCUACUCCAUGUCCCUGGCAGCCCUGCUCCUGGCCAUCGGCAUCUUCUCCUGCUUCAGGAAGCUGCAUUGCACCAGGAAUUCUAUCCACAUCCACUUCUUCACCUCCUUCAUCCUGCGUGGAGCCGCCGUGUUCGCCAAGGAUGCCGUCCUCUUCUCAGACGAGUCCAUUGAUCACUGCACCAUGUCAACGGUGAGCUGCAAAGCAGCCAUCGCCUUCUUCCAGUACUCGGUCCUGGCCAACUUCUACUGGCUGCUGGUGGAGGGCCUGUACCUGCAGACCCUGCUGCUGCUCGCCUUCACCUCGGACAAGAGGUACAUCUGGUGGUACAUCCUCAUCGGCUGGGGCGUCCCCAUGCUCACAGUCUGCGUAUGGGUGGUCACCAGGCUGCAGUACGACAACCAUGGGUGCUGGGAUGACUACACCAACCCUUACUGGUGGGUGAUCAAGGCUCCCAUCCUCCUGGCCAUAUUUGUGAACUUCCUCAUCUUCCUCAAUGUCACCAGGAUGUUAGCGCAGAAGAUCCGCUCCCCAGACAUCAGCAGGAACUACAAGCAGCAGUACAUGAGGCUGACGAAGUCCACGCUGCUCCUCAUCCCCCUCUUUGGGGUUCACUACGUGGUGUUCGCACUCUUUCCCGAGCACAUCGCUGUGGAUGCUCGGCUCUGCUUCGAGCUGGUCCUUGGCUCCUACCAGGGGUUCCUGGUGGCUCUGCUCUACUGCUUCCUCAAUGGGGAGGUCCAGGCUGAGAUCAAGCGGAACUGGGGCAAGUGGCAGUCAUCGAUGGAGAGCAACGUCUUCAACCUGGUGACCCAAGACUUCACAGCAUGAUGAGGAUGGCGCUGGUGGAAACACACCCUCGAGGACGGGGGGGGGAAGCUCCAUGCCUGCUGCCCCAUAAACACAAUAGGAAGGAUUCUGUAGGGUCUGGGUCUGGCAUCCUUGGAGGGCAGUGGGAGCGGCUGUUGGGAUGUUGAGCUCUGCCUGCUCAGGUGCUGGUGGCUCUUGUGGCUCCCUGUGAGUGUCCUCCCUGCCCAAAGCUCUCUUUGCAGUGUGGUCAGUGUUUCAGGCAAAGGGAAUAGACCCUCCCCACCUUUUCUGCCCUGGGAAUGGGUAGGAAGGACAAGCAGCAUUUUACAUUCACAUCAGUGGCAGUUUCCACUUAGCACUGGAAUGAAAACUGGAGCAGCCCCAACCCUGCAGGGAUUUACUGCUCGUUAUUUUCCCCUCCUUUCUUGGUUUACAGAAUCAUUUUGAGCUCUCCCAAGGGCUUUGCAUUGCAGGGACAGGAGAGUUUGCCAGCAGCAGGACUGCCCCGUCUUCACUGGGGACUUGUUUGCCUGGGACUGGGGAGGCUUUUGCCAAUAAAGCCUUGUUCUGAACCC